CUUUAUGAAAUGACGCCAAUGAUAGACUGUUUAAUCACUUUGAUACACUAAUCAGAGCGAGUUACGAAUGUUGGCAAGCGUCACGCGCCGUUUUUAUUCUGGUUAGCUUUUAUUGUGUGGUUAAAGCCACCCGUCAUCAUGAACUGGACCUCUGUUUCUGAAUUGACCUCAUUUUAGAAUGGGCGAGAACGAGCAUUGAUGUAACCUACAGUUCCUCAAGCAAGUGAAGAACAUAAAUUGAAGUAUGGCAAAACAUGCUGUCAACUCCCAAAUCAGAUAUUGGAUGUUCCAUAUCUCUCCAUUGGGAGCUUGCAUCUUGGUCCCCCCCGCAUUUAUCAUGACUGGGCCACCGUGAGUUGGCCCACCUCAUUGUGACGACAAAUAUAAAUGGGUGUCUGAGUGGCGGCAGCGUCAUAUGGUGUCAGUCUCAUCUGACUGGAGUUCGAGGAGCGGCAAUUGGAAGAAAUACUGACUUGAAAGAGGAACACGAUGGGAGACCUAAUCCAGUUAAAAGAUGAGGGAAACAAACAUUUCCAAGCGGGAGAUAUUGACAAGGCGAUUGAGUGUUACACCAAAGCAAUCAGUCUGUGUCAGGACAAGAAAGUGCUGGCUGUUAUUCACCGAAACAGAGCUGCCUGCUAUUUGAAAAAGGAAAAGUAUUCCAGUGCAGCCUCGGAUGCAUCCAAAGCCAUUGAUGUUGAUGCGGCUGACAUUAAAGCCUUGUACCGGCGCUGCCAAGCUCUGGAGAAGCUUGGAAAACUCGACAUGGCGUUCAAAGAUGUACAGAGAUGUGCCACCAUUGAACCCAAAAACAAAACUUUCCUGGAGACUCUCCGGAGGCUGGGGGCUGAAAUCCAGAGCAAGCUCAAAACAACAUUCUCCACAGAUUCAAGGGUACAAAACAUGUUUGAUAUUCUCCUUGAUGAAGAACCGGAAAAAGACAAGAAGGAAAAGGCUGCCAACAACCUGAUCGUACUGUCCAGAGAGGAUGCAGGAGCAGAGAGAAUCUUCCAGAAUAAUGGCGUACCUUUGCUCCUCAACAUGAUUGAGACAGGAAAACCAGAGAUGGUCCUCGCCGCUAUUCGUACUCUUUCGGGAAUGUGCACAGGACACAAAGCUCGUACGAUGGCCAUUAUUCACAUGGUGGGCAUUGAUAAAUUGUGCAGCAUUAUGGCGCUUGAGAAUGAGGAGAUUGCUCUGGCAACCUGCAAUCUCUUCCAAUGCAUCAAUGACUCCCUCACGGGUGGCGAUAAAAGAGAAUAUGGGAAAGAAGAGUCCUUGGUUUUAGAUGCCUCGAAAGAUCUGAAGACUAUUCUCCUGUCUUUGCUGGAAAUGGUUGGCAGUAAAAAGGUUUCCGGCCAUGGCAGAGACCAGGCGCUGAACCUCCUGAGCAAGAACGUCCCUCGCAAAGGAAAAAAAGAGCCAAACAACUCAAGGACCCUCUUCACCGUUGAUCACGGUCUGAAGAAGAUCCUCAAGGUGUGCGGUCAGGUUCCUGAACUACCCGACCAGUUGCCCUUGACUGAGAACACUCAGUUGAUUGCCAGCGUACUCCUCAACCGGCUCUAUGAUGACUUCACGUGUGACCCAGAGAGAAACAACUUCAGGGAUAUUUGUGAUGAGUACAUAAAAUCUAAAAUUGACCCUAACGACAUGGACAAAACAAUCCACGCCAUCAACGUGAUCUCGGGGCUUCUGCAAGGUCCGUUUGAGGUUGGGAACGCCUUGGUCGGAAGGCAAGGCAUCAUGGAGAUGAUGGUCGCGCUGUGCGGCUCUGAACGCGAGGUGGACCAGAUGGUCGCAGUGGAGGCGCUCAUCCAUGCCUCGACAAAGAUGAACCGCGCCAGCUUCAUCAUCACCAAUGGUGUGUCCAUGCUUAAGGACAUCUAUAAGAAGACCAAAAACGAGAAGAUUAAAAUACGCUCGCUGGUGGGUCUCUGCAAACUGGGCUCAGCCGGAGGUGAUGACUACAGUUUAAGACAAUUUGCUGAGGGCUCCACUGAGAAGUUAGCCAAGCAGUGCAGAAAGUGGCUUUGCAAUCCUAUGAUUGAUACCAAAACAAGGAAAUGGGCUGUCGAGGGUUUGGCUUACCUAACUAACGAUGCCGAUGUCAAAGAUGACUUUGUUGAGGAUGAGCAAGCAUUGAAAGCCAUGUUUGAAUUGGCCAAGUCUCAAGAUAAGACCAUCAUAUACGCAGUUGCCUGCACCUUGGUUAACUGCACCAACACCUAUGAGAAGAAAGAGAUCAUCCCCGAGCUGGUACAGUUGGCAAAGUUCUCCAAACAGCACGUGCCUGAGCAACACCCCAAGGACAAGAAGGACUUCAUUGAGAAGAGAGUGAAGCGACUUCUCAAGGCCGGAGUCACAUCUGCCCUCGCUGUAAUGGUCAAAGCAGACAGUUCCAUUCUGACGGACCAGACCAAGGAGAUGCUUUCAAGGGUUUUCUUGGCAUUGACGGAGGACCCCAAAGAUCGUGGUAUCAUUAUUGCCCACGGUGGAGGAAAGGCGUUGAUCCCUCUGGCUCUGGAAGGCACAGAGGCUGGAAAAGUGAAGGCCUCUCACGCACUCGCCAAAAUUGCAUCCAUUUCAAACCCAGAGAUCGCCUUUCCCGGUGAACGAGUGUAUGAGGUGGUGAGGCCCUUAGUCAACCUUCUUCACGCAGACAGAGAUGGGAUCCAAAAUUUCGAGGCUCUUCGAGGCCUCACCAACUUCGCUGGUUUCAGUGAAAAACUAAGGACAAAGAUCGUGAAAGAAAAUGCGCUACCCGAUAUUGAGAGCUACAUGUUUGAGGAGCAUGAGCAGAUCAGACAAGCUGCCACUGAAUGCAUGUGCAAUCUUGUGACAUGUAAAGAUGUCCAAGAGCGCUACCUGGAGGACGGUAAUGAUAAACUAAAGCUGCUGGUACUACUUUGCGGGGAAGAUGAUGACAAGCUUCAGAUCGCCGCAGCCGGAGCGUUGGCUAUGCUGACUGCUGCUCAGAAGAAGCUCUGCACCAAGAUUACUCUUGUGACCGCCCAGUGGCUUGAGAUCCUACAGAGAUUGUGUCUACACACCAACCCAAUGAUCCAGCACCGCGGCCUCGUGACGGUGAACAACAUGCUCAAUUCGGACAAUGGUGAGCUGGCCAAGAAACUCAUUGAGAGUGAGUUGCUGGAAAUCAUGUCGGUGAUCGGCAAAGCAGCAGACAAUCCCAAGAGGCAGGAUGCCAUCGACACGGCACGGUUAUGUCUGGUCAAAGCUAUGGACCUGGGUCUCAUUAAACCCUUUUCCACUCCUUCUUAAACGCUGGCCAUAAACACAGCCGCGGCAGUAGACGUUCUUCCUUCUUUCUUUUGUUUGUUUUGAACAGAUUUUUCCACAGAGAGAUUAUCACUUAAUGAUUGAUAUCGCUGAAUAUUGCGUAAUAUUAUUAACAAGAGCACACAAGGCACAGAGCUCUGCUGAUGUUUAAACAUUUAUCACCUUCAAAAUCACAGUAACACCUGAUUUUAAUUUUAUUUUAGUUUUUGUUCUUUUGGAUUCAGAAGUUCAGGAUAUUACAAUGUUAACUUGUUUACCUUGUGACUGAAUGGUUUACCUACAUAGGAUCUCUGAGAAUAUAAAAUAAUUACAUAAUCUAUGUUUUAAUGUGCUUGAAUUGUGUUCAAUCCCAUAAACUUCUCUCAUGUGACUACUACAUGUAAUUAUUUGAAUGAUCUAAAACAAUUAAAAGUUUGUUCUUUU